UGAUGAAAUUUCUAAUUUUUUCCUGGYAAUUUGUUAGAUCUGUUAUUGUUUUGAUUGGGAUAUUACAUCACUAGAUCCCGAYCUCCAUCCCCAAAGCUCAAACAGAUAGUAACAAUCUUGCUACRACAAGGAAUCCAAGAUUUUAACGCACUCCGUUUCCUGACCAAGAACWCUGUAAUUUUCGAUUUCUAGCUGUGCAACGUUUGUUUAUCGUUGAUCAAGUUCUCWGGAUCGCCUCAAAAUAUCUCCAAAGUUUAUGGAUUAAAGCUUUGAAAGGAAUAUAAGACCAAACAAUGAGUGCAGCAGCAGAAACAAUCAACGUACAAGAAAAGCUGUCGGCUAGUCUUCUACCUGAAAGAAAUGACAGCAAUAACCAUCUUACCAAUGGAGCAGUUAACCUGUUUGCACCUGAUUGUGAUGAAAUCUUUGAUGAUGCAGAACUGAAUGGCAUCCAUGAGCCUGUUGACCCACGAACAUCUCUAGUCAGCCCUAAUGAUUUGCAAUUUGAUGCACUCAUAUCGAACCUGAAACAGAGACUGUCAGCGGGCCAUGGAGAAACAAUCUUUGAAGUUGGAGCUGGAGAAGGCACAAGCAAUGGUCUAAACACAGAAGACUACCAAGCAUCUGUGGCAACUUUAAAACUCAUGGCCCAGUCAUGUAAUUCUAAUGUUGUCCUUUUAAGGGAGAAAACAGCUGAACAAGGAACGAUGGGAGAGUUUUUAGUGAGAAAAAUCCUAGAAGAAAAUGACUUCAUGGAAGUCAGAGUGGCAGUUGUUGGUAAUGUAGAUGCUGGUAAAAGUACCUUACUUGGGGUACUAACACAUGGUGAACUUGACAAUGGUCGCGGUACAGCAAGAAUGAAGCUCUUUAGACAUAAACAUGAAAUGGAGUCAGGGAGAACAAGUAGCGUUGGUAAUGAUAUCCUUGGUUUUGAUGGUGUAGGAAAUGUUGUAAACAAAGCAGAGGCCCAUGGUGCUGGACAGGAUUGGUUAAGAAUUUGCAAAAAAUCUUCAAAGGUAAUAACAUUCAUUGAUCUAGCUGGUCAUGAGAAAUACCUCAAGACAACCAUAUUUGGCAUGACUGGACAUGUACCAGACUUUGCUAUGCUGAUGGUAGGGUCCAACGCAGGGAUUAUUGGAAUGACAAAAGAACAUCUAGGUCUAGCGCUGGCUCUAAAUGUUCCAGUUUUUGUAGUCGUCACCAAAAUAGACAUGUGUCCACCAAAUGUGCUUCAAGAAACUAUGAAACUUUUGACAAGAAUUCUCAAGUCACCGGGAUGUCGUAAAAUCCCAGUCAUGGUGCAAAACACAGACGAUGUGGUUGUCUCUGCAACAAACUUCAUGUCUGAAAAGGUUUGCCCUAUUUUCCAAAUAUCCAAUGUGACGGGUGAAAACCUUGAUCUUCUCAAGAUGUUUAUGAAUCUACUAAGUGUGCGAUGUGACAGCCAUGACGAGGAGCCUGCUGAGUUCCAAAUUGAUGAGACAUAUUCUGUACCAGGUGUUGGUACUGUUAUAUCAGGUACAUGUAUGCAAGGGAUCAUUAAAUUGAACGACUCACUUUUACUGGGACCAGACCCUCUCGGACAAUUCCAUCCAAUAUCUAUCCGAAGCAUUCACCGGAAAAGAAUGCCUGUCAAAGAAGUCCGAGGUGGCCAAACAGCAUCAUUUUCUUUAAAAAAGGUUAAACGCUCACAUAUUCGCAAGGGAAUGGUAAUGUUAGAUAAGAGUCUCAAGCCGCAGUCAUGUUGGGAAUUUGACGCAGAAGUAUUAAUUCUUCAUCAUCCUACAACAAUCAGUUGCAAAUACCAAGCUAUGAUUCACUGUAACAGCUUAAGACAAACAGCAACCAUCAUCAAAAUGAGCCAGGCUCAUCUUCGAACAGGCGACAAGGCCAAUGUCACAUUUCGCUUCAUCAAGCACCCAGAAUUCCUCAAACCAAAUACCCGGAUGAUAUUUCGUGAAGGUCGAACAAAAGCUGUCGGGACCAUAAUAAGAAUAGACCCUGACGCACACCCACCCCCGCAGGUCGCCGGUAAGAUCAAACAUCGGGGUCCUGGAAGGGGACAUCAUGCGUCACGUGACAAGAGUAAGGAAGGUAAUGCAGGACAGUCUGCGCAUGCGUCGACGUCCGGAACGUAGCAUCUAAUUAACUCUUAAUUACAAGUGCACAGAAUUUUAUCAAGUUGUUUUAAAAAGGUUUGGUUUUAUUAUCGCGGAGCAAGAGGACGGAAUGAAUAUUCUCAUUUUCUUCGUUCAAGUCUCACUGAAGAUUAGGGUUCGUUACGUGACAUAAACGUGUUUUCCGUUAAUGCGCGUGCUGUGGAAGAAGUGAUUUUUGAAUAUGUUAUUACAGAAAGAAGAUUUGUAAAGCUUACGGAAGAACAGGGUUUGUCAUGGGAGAUGAACUUGUGUGUUUGCUAACUGAAACACGUUUUAGGGACAGAAAUGAAGCAUUUUAUUGUAAAUACGAGGGCAGAGAGAAGAUUUUCUUAGUUUUUAAGUACACAAGUCAAAGACUAGGGGUUUUUAUCACGUGAUAUACACGUGGGGAUUGGAAUGAGGUAUUUUAAAUCCAUCACUGUAAGAUCGGUGUAAAUAGAAGUUAAAUCACCAAUGUGGGCAAGUAAAGCACUGGCAUUGUAAGCUGAUCGAACGACAAUUGUGUUAUCAGAAGCGCGAAAAGUCAUUGAGAAAUAAACGGAAAGGAGGAAAAUAAUGUAGAAACAAAAA